UAUUCAUUCCCGCUUUCGACGUUAUUGUCGGCUUUCAGCGAGGGACGUGCUGCCAGUUUUGUGAGACCUAAAGGAUUUUUGUGGAGGAUCAACUCGGUUCCGUCUCGUUUGGCCUUUGGCAGACACAGGUGUCUCUGGGAUUAAAAAAAAAAAACCGGCACACCCGAACGCUGAGUUAAUAUUGGACUGUCGUUGAAACCACCGGUUAUUUAUUUAUCACGAACGUGAGGUGGGAACGUGGGUUGUUUCUUAGCCAGCUAAUAGGCUAAUUUGGCUAGGUAGCCGGUUAGCAGCUUCCCUGGCUGGAAGUAAUGGGAUGCUCGGAGGAGGAGCUAGCUGCUAGCAUGUUUUUCUUAUUUUAACAACAGGGUGUCAUGUUGAGGAAAUGGUUUAAUGUUAAACCUGUCGUUGGGAAACAGCUGAUUUUUUUUUCUCCUGUUUAUUUACAGCAUGUUAGCAGGUGAUAUAUGAGAUAAUUGACUAAAACGUGGACUUGCUACCUGCGUAACGUCUGUUUAACCAAACGGGGUCAACGCUGAUUUGCGUGGUGUCAGAUUGUUGCCCACAACGACAACAAACAAAAAAAUGUCAGUUGUGUUUGACAGUGUGAGUCAGAGGGGUUAUUUCACUCGUUUGUCAGCUUUUUUGGACAACGUGUUGAUGUUGGAUGUGUUUAAGGACGUUGUGUCAAACAGUUGUGUGCAAGGUUUUCAUAUUAGGCCGAAAAGUUACGAAUUUUGAAUUUAGAUGACAUUAUCCAGAUGUGGAUUGCAACCAAUUUAUUUAAAACUGCAGUGCUUCACAAUUUGUUGCCUCAUUUGCUUUUCCAUAUUACAGAACACAAACCUACCAGCUUUUGAAAGUGGACAGCAUUUGUGGAAGUGACAGGUUUUAGUUCUUUGUAGUUUCGCUUAAAAUCAUGAUGCUAGAACUGAAGAAUUGGACCUUGACAGAAGUGAGAUAAAGCCUCACUUGAUUCCUGCAAAUAUAAAUGGAAGCCGUGGCUCUGUCUGGCCCUUUGGGGCACAGAGAGCAGGAGUCAGAAGAGACAUUUCCGUUUGGUUUUCGCACCCUGGAUUUAGAUGUUGGUGGGGUGUUCUGUCAAAACACGAGUGGUCAGACAGGUUUGGAUGUUGAGAAUGUUGAUCAGAAUCAAAGAUCAACACAUAGCAACAUAGAUAAGGAUUUCCAGAACAAGAUGCUAAAUUUGGACAACUUAAUAAUGAUCUCAGAUGAUUCUUGUGGAGAUUUGUACACGGAGGGAGCUCAGACUGUUAAUUCUGAAGGAUCACUCCACAGUAUAGAUGAACUGUGCUAUGCAGAAAAAACACAAGUACCUGAUGGUAUCAUUGACUGCGGUCUGUCGUUGCUAUUUUCUUCUAACCUUUCUGAUGUAGUUAGGGAGAGCUCUGCUGGUGAAGAACAGAAUCAGGUCCAGGAGGUAUCCUUUGAUGACUCAGAUGCACCCGCUCAGUUUGAGCUAAUAACCCUCAGUGUGCCGUCUUCUCCUUCAAAGCUUUCUGAGAGGACUCCCGAGAGUGACACUGGAGGUUUAUUUCUGUUGGUAGAUGUCCUCUCCCGAGAACAUUCCCUCUCGUGUUUCAUUCCACAGUCUUCAAGUGAGGUCAUUCUGCAUGGCGUCAGUGAGGAGCUGGCAAUCCAGUCACAAGAGGACGCAAGUCUCUCUCCCUCACAGGGAGGGGAAACUUUGUCACCUGAAACCAGAGGCAAAGGUUUUUUCCCUGAUCAAGUGACUGACCUGCCCAUGGGCAGUACUACUACCUUGCAAGGUUUAUCUGAGAAUUACACCCAACAUAACCAUAUCAGCACGCCGUUGGAGUAUUUAGACACAUCUGUGCCUUUGUUGGAUUUGGAAGUUCCAGAUUACGAUGACAGUCCCAGCCUCUGUCCGACGAGUCCUGUUUCUGUUAUCUGCACAGGUGCAUUGUUGGAUUCCGCAGCAGAGGAGUUAGACCUGGAAUGUGCAGGGGCUAAUUUAUUGACAAAUGUGGUUUCAGAGCACCAAAAUGAGCAGGACUCAUUUGCUCUUGAUUUGUCACCUGAAAUUUCACUGGUGACAGCGGCUCAGGCUGAAGAUGCGUUCUCUCCAGGUGACUUUACCAGCCAGAGUUCUGUCAAGAAAGAAUCGAAGGAUUUGUUGGAAGGUGAACUUUGUUCUGAAGUGAACAAUCAGGGUAAUGUCACAGUGGCUUUGGAUCUGUGCUUGGCUACUGAAGACAUCCGUGAUGAGGAAACCUGGGACGUAAAACAUUUGGAAGAUGUACAGGAUAAAAGCAAUCCUCAUUCGCAAACCGGACAGAGGGAUGAGGACAGGUCGAGUGACACUGAUCAGCUUGCACAAUUAGAUUGUCACAAAUUGGCUUCCUUUGAUUUUCCUGUUCAGGAGCUGAAUAGUUCUUUUGAACCACAGUGGACUAGCGAUCAAACUAUGGAGACGAUUUCCCUCUCUAAAAUGGUGGUAGAUGACUCACUGCCAGUGGUUUCAGCUGCGACUAUGAGAGAGGAAGAUGUGUCCCCACUAAAACCUGUGUUUGAUGCUUUGGACCAAGAUGGAGACGGCUUUGUUCGUAUUGAGGAGUUUAUGGAGUUUGCGGCUGCCUAUGGGGCAGAUCAGGUGAAAGAUUUUGCAAAGUUCUUGGAUCCUAGUGGUUUGGGAGUGAUCAGCUUUGAAGACUUCCAUCGUGGAAUCUCUGCUAUUAGUAGUGGAGGUCCAGAGCCGCAGCUCUACAAGGUAAACUACAGCCCAGGGGAUGGAGCCGCAGGCUGCCCGGAGGAAUACGAUGAGCAAAAUGAGGUGACUGACAGUGCGUACCUGGGUUCAGAGAGCACUUAUAGUGAGUGUGAGACUUUCACCGAUGAAGACACUGGUGUACUCGUGCCCCCUGAGAUGCACGAGGAUGUGGAGACGGACAGCGGCAUUGAGGCAACACUACAUGAUCAUGAUGAUGGCAGCAGUAGGUCAGUGAAAGAUUUUGCAAAGUUCUUGGAUCCUAGUGGUUUGGGAGUGAUCAGCUUUGAAGACUUCCAUCGUGGAAUCUCUGCUAUUAGUAGUGGAGGUCCAGAGCCGCAGCUCUACAAGGUAAACUACAGCCCAGGGGAUGGAGCCGCAGGCUGCCCGGAGGAAUACGAUGAGCAAAAUGAGGUGACUGACAGUGCGUACCUGGGUUCAGAGAGCACUUAUAGUGAGUGUGAGACUUUCACCGAUGAAGACACUGGUGUACUCGUGCCCCCUGAGAUGCACGAGGAUGUGGAGACGGACAGCGGCAUUGAGGCAACACUACAUGAUCAUGAUGAUGGCAGCAGUAGGUUUUUGCUGAACUCCGAGCUCCAUAACCACUCCUUGGUGACAGUGAUUGGUGGAGAAGAGGAGCACUUUGAGGACUUUGGGGAGAGCAACACCUCGGAGCUGCUGCUGGAAAGCACAGAGGGGAGCCCCAGAGCGGGCGAUUCAUCUCUCAGCCCAAACCCAGAGCAAGUCGAUGGCCCCUCACUGCUUUCUCCCAGUGCAUCUGCCCCUAUCCCUGACUGCUUUCAGAGCUUCCUCAGGGAGGAGGCACUGGACUUUUUCUGUAGCCAGUGUCACAAACAAAUAAGUCGUCUCGAGGACCUCUCCACUCGCCUCACUUUCCUAGAGAUGACUAGUGCAGGCAAGAGGCUGUCCAGCAAGAAAGUAGCAAGACAUCUCCUCCAAAACAGCUCAAUGACUCUGGACACCAUGAGCGACUUGACCCGGGACAUCCUGGAGCUCGCAGACAAUGACAUCACUGACAAGGUGCUCCUUCUGGAACGUCGAGUGGCAGAGCUGGAGAAGGAGUCUGAGGCAUCGGGGGAGCAGCACGCACGGCUGCGCCAGGAGAACCUUCAGCUGGUGCACCGGGCCAAUGCCUUUGAGGAGCAACUGAAGGAGCAGGAGCUGCACGCUGAUGACCAGCUACAGCAAGAGACCCGUCGUCACAAGGAAGUCCUCAGCAAGCUGGAGAGGGAGAGAGGACUCGAGCUGGAGAACCUGCAGGCCAGGCUGCAGCAGCUGGACGAGGAGAACAGUGAACUCCGGUCCUGCGUUCCUUGUCUACGAGCAAACAUCGAAAGAUUGGAGGAGGAGAAGAUGAAGCUGCAGGAUGAGAUGGAAGCCUUGACCAGUAGAUUGACAGAGGAGGUGGAUUCUCGCAGGAAGAUGGCUGACAGGUUGAGCCAUGAACGCCACCAGAACCACAAGGAGAAAGAGUGCACUCAGGAGCUUAUUGAAGAUCUGCGUAAGCAGCUUGAGCACCUGCAGCUGUACAAGUUGGAGGCCGAGGCAAAGAGAGGUCGUUCACCCGGCGCGGGACUGCAGGAGUAUCAGACCCGUACCCGUGAAGCUGAGCUUGAGCACGAAAUCAAAAGACUAAAACAGGACAACCGCACUUUGAAGGAGCAAAACGACGAGUUAAACGGUCAGAUCAUCAACCUGAGCAUCCAGGGAGCCAAAAACCUGAUGUCAGCCUCCUUUUCUGACUCCCUGGCAGCUGAGAUCAACUCUGUGUCCCGCGCAGAGUUGAUGGAGGCGGUCCACAAACAGGAAGAGAUCAACUACAGACUCCAGGACUACAUCGACAAAAUCAUCGUAGCAAUCAUGGAGUCUAACCCCUCCAUCCUAGAGGUCAAAUAGACACGAUUCUGACCAACAUGGUCAACAGUGCCACUGACUGGACUUGGCCAAGAGGAGAACACACUCCCUCCCUCACAGGAUGUAAAGCUAUUGUGGCAUCAUUUUGUCGGAAAAGUGAAAA